AUGAAAUCAGCACUCCUACGCCGUCGUCAUGGGAAAGGAAGAGGUGUUGGACAGCCUAAGGGUACUCCACAGCAAGAAGAGCCUUCAUUUGUACAAGCGGAUGAGCCCAUGCAGACUACCGCAAUUCGCUUUGAUCAAAGUCUGUCCCUUGUGGAGAUAUUCUUGCAUGGGGCAAUCGCCUCAGUGCUGUACAGUCGAGAACUCAUCAGACAUGGCUCUCCCGCCUACUCAGAGCGUUGUGUUGCUGACCUGUUUGAUGCAUCUGGUCCGGUGACUUACAGGGAUCUUCUGGAGCGGAAAAUUCCAACUGAAGACAAUAAUUCUCAAGUUUUCAAGGUUCUUAUGGAGGGCAGAAGUGAAAAGGCGGACAAAAUCUUGACACUUUUGGAGGGUGGAAUCUUUCAUGCAUUGCACCGCGGUUACCUUGAAGCGGUCCAGCUCUCCAUCUGUGCAGACAGCAGCCGCCCCUCUGAAGUCAUGGAAUGCUACACUUUCACAUUCACCUACGAUUCUGCACCAGGACAAAGCCGCCGUGGUGUUAGCAGUGUCACAGUUUCGCCCGGCCCGCAACCUGCCUUCUUUGUGGAAGAUGCACAACUGAGCUUCAAUGCAGCAAUCAAAGGCCUUCUCAGAGUGGUCCUUCGUCUACCACCACUUCCUCGUCGCCGAAACCUAGGACUGAAUCUCUUCUACACUGAUGAUUGCCCAGCCACCUACGAGCCGAAAGGUUUUGAGAGCUGCAUCGACGACGUUAUCCAUUUUCCAGGUGGUAUCGAAUUAGCUAAGAAAUCCGAAAAGACUGCUGGUCUUGUUGUUGGGACAUAUCGUACUGGAGUGGUAGUCAGUCAUGUCAGUCCGGCUGGUCUUGAUAUGAGUUGUUUGAAGGUGAUUCCGGAGGUAAUGGACUACUCCACCAAGUGUUCGCGCCUCGAUGAGUACAAGAUCAACCUAACACCCCCUCCGCUGCCACAACCUUCUCAGCGUUCGGCUCCCGGUGGGAUCAUGGCGUCCUCGGCAGCUCCCUCGACUCAGACGCGAGACGACAUACGAACCAAGCAAGCUCUGCAACAGAUGCAGCGCAGUUCUUCCAGGCCGCAGGACUUGAUGCCGACUCAAAGUCUCCUCCGUUCAGACGAUACUGAUGAUGAAGAUAGCGAUGGUACAGAGCAGCUUUCGGACAAGAGCAUGCAAAAGCACACGCGCCAAGAAGAGUUCAAACAAUCGGUGCUUGUUCCAACCAAAAUGGCUGAAUUGAUCGUGCAUGCCACGGCUGUCCAGCAGCGUUGUCCAGCCGGUGAUCCACUCUUCGACCAAGCUCUCCUAGAAAAGUACCAGAUUCGUCGCUUAGAAUCCACUGAUGAAGUCAAGUGCGAAUGCACUAACAAAACGGCUACGAACGCAAUGCUUGACUGUGAGCUCUGCGGCACCUUACAACAUGCGAGCUGCUAUGGCUGGGAGGACAUCGCAAAGGACCGCCGUCCCGUAGAUCACUUCUGCUACAGCUGUCUUCUUCUGCCAAAAGAGAAGGCCCUCAAUGACUGGAUGCCUACUCUUGUUAAGUGCCGGAAGGUACUUAAAUACCUCGAAGCGCAAAAACUCGGCGUACCAGUGGACGACAGCGGCUUGGUCGAAGCAUUGCGGUUCGGAGGCGAUCCGGAAGACUUGAUGACAAGCCCUAUCAUGCAGACGCUGCUCAAAAACAAGCUCAUCAAGAAAAACCAUGCUGGUCAAAUCCUGGAAAACAACUACGAAGCUGGCUGGGCAGAGUAUGUGAAUCCAUUGGCCAACAUUUACCAUCUCUACCAAAACUACACCGCCAUAGUACCUGGCACCCACCCCCGCUUCAUGUAUUCUGGAGCCGUCCGAGCCCUCCAGACUAAAUACGCCGGCUUCGCGCUCGACGUGAUCCGAACCCACGAUUCCCACGGCGACGAAGUCAUCCGCUAUGGCUACUACCCGCGUGAGGCGGCUGUCCAGUCGCGCAAGAGAUCUGCCUCCAUGGUGCAGGACUCGCAACCAGGUUCUUCUGUUGCUGGAGCUGGCGGUGUCGGUCAUGGUGGUGGUAGUGGUGGUGACGUAGGAGAAGGCGGUCCACGCAAGAUGCCUCGUCGUAGCGGAGCGAGGAAGAUGAGCCGUUCCGAGAUGAUCUGUUGCGAUGCGAAUGCGACGGACCAGGAGAAUUUCGAGGUAACUGAGGAUGAGAUGGAGGUGGACACGGAGGUGGACACGGAGACGGAGACGGAGAUGGAGAUGGAAAGGGACGAGGCGGUGGUGGUGGAGAGCGAGAGCGAGACUGAGACUGAGACGGAGGGUCAGACCGACGACGACGAUGACUUGUACAACUAG